CAGAGCCCGCCAGCAGAGCUGCACGCACGUCCACCUGUGUGCUCCAGGAUGCCUGACACUGUGCUACCCGUCUGCUUCCUGGGCCUGUUGGCCCUCACUUCUGCUUGCUACUUCCAGAACUGCCCGCGGGGUGGCAAGAGGGCCACAUCUGACAUGGAGCUGCGACAGUGCCUCCCCUGCGGCCCCGGGGGCAAGGGCCGCUGCUUCGGGCCCAGCAUCUGCUGCGCCGACGAGCUGGGCUGCUUCGUGGGCACGGCCGAGGCGCUGCGCUGCCAGGAGGAGAACUUCCUGCCGUCGCCCUGCCAGUCGGGCCAGAAGCCGUGCGGGAGCGGGGGCCGCUGCGCCGCCAUCGGCAUCUGCUGCAACGACGAGAGCUGCGUGACCGAGCCCGAGUGCCGCGAGAGCUUUCCCCGCCGCGCCCGCGCCGGCGACCGCAGCAACGCCACGCGGCUGGACGCACCUGCAGGGGCCCUGCUGCUGCGGCUGGUGCAGCUGGCCGGGGCGCCCGAGCCCGCCCAGCCCGCCCAGCCGGGCGGCUACUGA